CCUCUCCCCUCCGUCAGAGAGGCUACACGGUCCACAGGACACUUCCCUGUCUCCACUUCAGUAGCAGCGCCCCUUUAGCCCUGAUGCGUACCUCCUCUUCCUGACACUCCAUUCAACCCGAGACCCACUCCACUCCACCCUCCAGCCCUUCCUCACACCUAUGUCUUUGCGACCAGUGGACGGGGUGGCAAGCUGACUUUGACUUCUCCAAAGCCCCAUCACGGCUCGGUAGAGACCUACUGAGCGGAUUCGACCCGGUGCACUUUCUGUGCCGACACACUCAAAAGAGGAGGGAUCCCGACACAUUCCUGCGUUAUCUGUUUUCCGUGGUUCGAGACUCCAUAAAGGCGUGCAUCUGCCUUUUCCCGCUCCACCGCCGCCGCCGCCGCCGCACCUCCACAGCUCCGCGUUUCCCCCUCCGAGGCCUUCCCCUAAAGCAGCCAGCAUGUGGGAGUUCCGCUCCAUGAAUUUCUGGCGGGCCGUGUUCGCCGAGUUCUUCGGCACCAUGUUCUUCGUGUUCUUCGGCAUGGGCGCCGCGCUGCGCUGGACCACGGGCCCCAACCACGUGCUGCACGUGGCCCUGUGCUUCGGCCUGGCCGCCGCCACCCUCAUCCAGUCCAUAGGGCACAUCAGCGGCGGUCACAUCAACCCGGCCAUCACCUUCGCCUACCUGGUGGGCUCCCAGAUGUCCCUGUUCAGAGCCGUCUUCUACAUGGCCGCCCAGUGCCUGGGCGCCGUGGCCGGGGCGGCCGUGCUCUACGGGGUCACGCCCAACAACAUGAGGGGCAACAUGGCCAUGAACACGUUGCAGCCGGGCAUCAGCCUGGGCAUGGGCACCACGGUGGAGGUGUUCCUCACCAUGCAGCUGGUGGUCUGUGUGUUCGCCGUGACCGACGAGAGGCGGAACGGACGCAUGGGCUCCGCCGCUCUGUCCAUCGGCUUCUCCGUCACCAUCGGACACCUCAUGGGGAUGUACUACACCGGUGCUGGCAUGAACCCCGCUAGGUCCUUCGCCCCUGCUAUUCUCUUCAGGAACUUCCUCAACCACUGGGUGUACUGGGUGGGGCCCAUGAUCGGGGCCGCCAUGGGCGCGCUGCUGUACGACUUCAUGCUGUUCCCCCGCAUGCGGGGCCUCUCCGAGCGCCUGGCCACGCUGAAGGGCGGCCGGGACCCCGAGACGGAGAACCAGCAGGACACCCGCGGGGAGCCCAUCGAGCUCAAGACGCAAGCCCUAUAAACUGCCCCCUGAAUGGGGUUAGAGGGUCGAGGCAGCCCCCUCCCCUCACCUCCCCUCGAUCACCUCCCCCCCACCAUUUUCCUCCCCCUCCCUCCCUCUUUGCUACCCUUCUCCCCCUGGCAACACUUGUACAGAACCGGUCCACAUACUUGCAUCUGUAGACGAAACUAAUAACAGGGUAAAUCGAUCGACAUUAAAACGUACUAACACAGAUACACACACACAAACACAGUGCACACACACACAAAUACACACACACACACACACACACACACACACACACACACACACACACACACACACACACACACACACACACACACACACACAUACAUACGCAGGCUCACAACCUUCAAACCUCAGCAUGCAACAAGAUGCCUCUCCCUCCACCUCCAACUGAUCCUCACGCUGUACCCUGAAGUGGACAUUGUGUUUCUGAUAGAUGGUGUAACCCCAUCCUUCACCGACCACCACCUCCACCACCACCACCUCCACCUCCACCAGCACCUCCAUCACCCACACCUCCUCAUGGACACUGGACAUGGAGAGAGAGAGAGAGAGAAAGAGAGAGAGAGAGAGAGAGAGAGAGAGAGAGAGAGAGAGAGAGAGAGAGAGAGAGAGAGAGAGAGAGAGAGAGAGAGAGAGAGGGGAGAGCAAGGGAGAAGGGAGGGUUAGCAUGUGGGUGUCUGGGUGAGGUCUGGGUGGGUGUGUAUGGGUAGGAGGCUAUGGGCAGGUGGAUGGGUGGGUGCGGAGCGUGAAGUUGGAGAGAGAGGGGGUGGAGGGGCUAGGCCAUGUCACUUGGGUUUCAGGUAGGAUACGAAGGUUCCCACUCUGGGUUUGUAGUCGUUGAAGUCACCGAGCUAGAGCCGUGACGACGGGCAUGGUUUUCACUAGUCAUCUGAGGUUUAUUGCUCCAUUGAAAUGUUCAUUUUGUUUUCCAGUUUCACUUUUUUCUUCUGCACUUCAGACAUGAGACGUGCAUGUAUGAUACCAUUAUAUUUUCACAGGAUUUCAUUUUUAUUUUAUUCAAAAUCACUGCAUUUUAUCCGUGUGUUUGUGCGCGUGAGUGUGGAUGCUUCUGCAGGAUGAGUGGGCGUGUGGGCGACAGCGGGCAUUUACACGCACGCCUUUGCUUGCGUGCAUGCGUGGCUGCCCGUACGAGUGUGUGUUUGCAAGUGGACGCCUGUAUGUGAAUGUGUGUGAACGAGUUUGCAGACACAGUAUUAUUUCAUUUAGUUUUAUUUCCAUUUCCACUCUCCUGUUCGUUCAAUGGCUAUGUUCAUUUUGUCCUCCAUUUUAAAAACCUCGAUUAUUUCAUUAUCCUCCCCUCACUGUGGUGUUUGCUACUGUAAUCAUUUAUACAUAAACCAUCUGCUGUUUGUCCCUAACCAGCACAAUCCAGAGCAAUGUUGUAUCCCAGCUUUUGACAUAAGGUUUGUUCAUCGAUGGUUAGCUGUGGAAGUCACCGAGUCUCCUAUUACUUUCUUCUUAUCGGGAGCACAAAUGCAGUUUCAGCUAUAUUUAAAUUAGCCUACAAUAAAAAAAUUAAAAAAUACCAUUUGACAAAA